GUUGCGCGCCGCUUCUCCUCCAGUCGUGGGACGAGCUCAGCAAUACAGAUACGGCCUUUAGAAGUUAAAUAACGGCCCUAACAGCAGUGGCUUCAAGGUUCUGACGUCUGAAACCCAUAACACCACCUCAACACGGCGUUACGUCUCGACGAGAUUGCCUUUCAAUAACUACUUCAAUGUUCUCGGGAGGUCCCAGGGCAAUGCAGAGCGGGGGCUUCGGCGGCUUUAAAGCAUCCUCAACGACCUUGUCGUACCUCGCGCUACCACCCGAUUUCUCCGCCAUACCCCAGGAGGUAGUGGUGCCGUUCAAGAACCUGCUAAAAAAGGACAGCACAACAAAGGAGAAAGCGCUGCAAGACAUUCUCACUUAUGUGCAGUCUCGUCCUCCCGACGCCCAUCCGCUGGAAGAGCCGGUAAUAGACGCAUAUCUUGAGCUCUAUCCCCGAUUAUCCAUCGACGACUCGGCCCGGGCCAGAGAACUCUCCCACCAAGUGCUAUUUCGCCUGCUUAGUCACGCCAAGAAGCGCAUCGCAAAACGCUUGCCGGAUUUUGUUGGCCCGUGGCUCGCUGGCACCUUCGACAGAGACAAGCGUGUGUCCAAGGCUGCUAGUGAUGCGCUCUCCUCCUUUUUACCGACCAAAGAGAAAGAGGAAGCGUUUUGGAAGGCGGUGCAGAAUCGAGCACUUGGUUUCGCCAGCGAAGCCGUCAGAGAAACCCCAGACACACUCAGCGACGAGCGGUCGACCACCAAGCAAGAUUCCGAAGCAAAGUAUUACCGAGUGGUUGGAGCCAGCUUAUCUCUUGUCUUGAAUUUGGUGAGGAGAGGGGAUAUAAGUUCGCUCCAGGAUGGCUUGGCUAGUUAUCUGGAGGUCCCAGCAAUAUGGACCAUGCCGAACGCCGAGGAUCCAUUCGUACGCCGGGUAUUUUAUCAGUUCCUCAGUACCCUCUUGGACACGCAGCCCAACCUCCUGGAGCCGCGGUUACAACAAAUCGGACGUGCCCUCAUUGCAGAUGGCCUAAAGAAGAGCCAGCUUCAGUCAGCGACUGACCUUCUGAGAGCCUUAGCCCGCCUGACGCGGCAUUUCCCACAAGUGUGGGGCACUCAGAAGCAUCUACUGCAGCGGCUGGAGAGCUUUGUUGCUCGAGGCUCACAAGGAGGUGCUGAGGAGUUCUGGCGCGCCUUGGAUCAACUCCUCCAGAUCUGUCCCGACAGGACACCGCAAGUUGAUGUCCUGUCCUCAUUCCUAGCGGCGAUGCGGAAGGGCAUCGCAAAUAGGCUCGAGUCUCAGGCCAGCCGCGCCCAGGGCUUUCAGUCCUAUGCCCGCGUCUUCGAUCUCUUCCUUCAACAUUUUUCUCCGACUACAGAUUUCCUGGAAGAGAACCUUUCUUCCCUUACACGGCAGUAUUUGCACCCUGUCUCCGAUUCAUCUUUGCCGUCGCCGCAGCGGCCCGACUUCUUAGCAACAGCUUGGAAGGCCGUGGCGCGUCAUACAGGAGCCGAGGCUCACAAGGCGGUGGCGGAGGAAUGGCAGAAAUUGACGAGCUCUUUCUUGUCCCGGAUAUCUAAUUCCCUCCCGGAGGUCUCCGACGGAUAUCGCCAGUCACAGACCGGCGUUGCUUCAGAAGGCGAGCGCUGGUUUGCAUUAGCAGCCCAGAUCCUUUCCGAGGAAGACGACGAGGGUGCAUUACUGCGAAGUGUGCUCACUACAUCCUCGGUAGAGAUUAUGCACGGGGCCCUUAACGUGCUGUCUAGGAGGAACUUCAAACCCUUUGGCGCUGCAUCAGUCCUACAGUCGGCUUUCAAGCACUGCCCCCGACUUUGUGCUGAGCAUGAGUUAUUAGACCUCCUUUUCCCAGUCGACCGUACAGAAGUGUUUGAUCUUAUCAUCUCAUCUCCCUCACUCCCCUAUCUUGUGUCCAAUCUUAACGCGGAUUCAGCCGCCAAGGGGAAUCGUUUUGAGGAGAUCUGGACGGCCCUCCUUCAGGCAGCUCUCCGAAUUACAGACCGAGCGGCGGCCAUUUCCGCUGUCAGGAUGCUUAUUGGGAUUCCUUCCAUUGACCAAAUCGCACAGCGUUCUGCAUCAUUACAGAGCUUUCUUGUGUCAGCAUGGGAAGAGUCUACAAAGGCCAACGGACCCCCGUCGUUGAGGGACCUUCUUGCGGAUACCUUGUCUUUCAAUACCUUGACCAAAGAAUCCAUGACGCGUAUCACCGCUGAGGUGGUUUCUGCCCUUGAUGCUCCCCAAACGUGCAGCUUGGCCCUUGCCGCUCUAGAGUUGCUUCUACAGAAGCGGCCCGAUCUCCUCCCAACAGACCACAAUCUACAUGUGGACUUGUUGAGUCAUCUGCUCUCCUUAAUGGAGCUCUCUGAUUCCACGCUGUCUGAAAGGGCUAAGGGCUUGCGACGCUCGCUCGACCAACAGUCCACAGGGCAGAACCCACUCCCAAGGAUUAUCGAGAAGGAACUCGACGAUGCUGGUCCUUCUUCUCUGGAUAUUGAUACCUUGUUCCAACAAGCGCUCGCCGCUUUAGAAUCAGACAGUGUAUCAGUUGAGGACCUCUUCCCGAGUUCGACAGUUUGGAUGAAUGAGCUCUCUUGCUUUCUCGCACAACCGCCUAGCCCCUCGUUGUCGAUUACCAGCAGCAUGGGAGGGGCCUACUACUUAGUGCGAGACAUUUCCAAAGCCAAGGAUCGGGGGCAACGCCGAGAUGGCAAGGGGCGUUCCAUUCCCGCUAGGAUGGCCCUUUUCACUGCCAAACUGCUUUCUGCUGGAGUUCCUUUGAGCUCACUCCCACCGGAGUUCCAGUUAGAGCUCGUAUAUUUGCUUUGCGUCACGGAAGCGGUUGCGGGGGAUCAGCUAGCUGCAGCGCGGCACGGAGGGCUAUGGCGGAACGGAGACGAGCCCGAAAAUGAGCUCCAGCAGUUCAGUGAACUUGCUAUAGGCGCCAUCAACGCCAUUAUUGUAGGCGCUGAGGGCUGGAAGGACUGGGACAUGUCCGGUGAUUCCUUAGUGGAACGGCUCAUCAAUUUUAUGGUUCAGGGGUCCCGCGGCUCAAGCCCGGGUGCAUUUUACACGGCUAAAUCUCUGGCUUCUCUGUUUCAAGCCCUUGUUAAGACACAUGGGCCGCUCACAAAGCUGGAAGACUGGCUGAGCAGGCUUGGGAUUAUGAGGGUCACUCCUGAGAUUGCUUUUCUGAUAGCAGCUUUCCUCGCUGGCUUUGGUGACACGCUUGCGUCAUCCAAAACAGUCGCCACGCUGUGCACACGGCUUGUCAGCGACGUGCCCGGGUUCUCUCCUACUGCACCGCGUGCAUUGGAGUCAAUAGUCCUGCUGAAUCUCUGCAUGGAUGUUUACGAAUCCGACCAGAUACCCGUUGAACCUCGCAAGCAGGUUCUCGCUCUUCAACAAUUGGCCCGGUGGACAGAUACACCAGGCGACAUGGGAAGCUCAAUCGCUGCGGAAACCUGCAAGGCCAUCACUAGACUUCUGCCCGGAGUGAAGCACGCCUAUGGUCCUUUCUGGGAUCAGACCAUAGAAUACUGUAUCUGGCUUUGGAAGAAGGCCGCGGAGGGAGAAGAUAACGACCUGCUACCGGGUAUUCAUGCAUCGUUGAAGCUGAUGCAGGCGCUCCAUGCAGCACACGACGCGAAUGACGACCUCGACGAUGCCCUCGCCAAACACGCAAAGGCUGAAUCGACGGCCCUCAUUGGCCUGGUCAGCAUGUCACGCGAAGCGGCCGAUUCUCUGCCUAAUCAGCUCGUUGACGCUCUCCUCAGCAGAGCUGUGAGCAAGAUUCAGCAUGUGGACCUCCCGGAUCUUGGGCAGCUAUAUGGAUCCGUUGCAUCAGAAUCACGAGACAUCCAGCGGGCCGCGUUUAGUUUGCUCCACCGAGCUCUGCCCGCUAUUCAGGAGGAUAUCAAUCUUGCUGUCGUCAUGGACAAAACGGCGGCUAACCUCCCGAAUGAAUUACUCUCCCUUCUUUUGGAUGCUCCGAACCCGGAUGACUAUUCCGACGAAGAUUUAACUCGGUUUCCAGCCGAAAUCCGUGCAUACCUUCUCUCCUGGCACCUCGUGUUCGAUGCCUUUAGCAAGGCUUCAUUCAGGGCCCGUAGCGAUUACACGGAGAACCUGCGGAGCGGCAACCAGCUCGAGCCUCUUCUCCGAUUCCUAGUCGAUGUCCUCGGCCACGCCUUUGCCCGAGCACUUGACCUCAACCGAGAAGGCUUUACUACAGAGCACAUUCGCUCCUACAGGAUUGAUCUCGCCGACUCUGAGCCUGCUGAGAGAGACAUGAACUGGCUCCUGAUACACCUAUUCUAUCUUAUUCUGAAGUACAUUCCCGGCUUGUUCAAGAUGUGGUAUCUCAGCUGUACCUCUAAGCAGACCACAAACACGGUGCUGUCCUGGAUGCAGAAGUUCUUCUCGCCCUUGAUUAUCUCGGAUGCUUUGGACGAAGUAAUCGACUGGUCCUCAAAGCAAGAAGGUGGCGAUGGAGACACCGAGAAAUUGGUUGUGAAGGUCAAUAAGACACUGAGGGAGAUCACAGCAGGAUAUCCAGUCGAUGACGACACAGCGACCAUUUCGCUCAUUGUCCCGGAGUCAUAUCCCUUAGAUCCUGUUGAGGUAUACAGCGUCAGGAGGGUUGCAGUCAGGGAGGACAGGUGGCAGUCAUGGCUCAAGGCUACCAAGGCCGUGAUCAUGUUCGGGAAUUGCAGCCUUGUUGACGGCCUCAUGGCAUUCCGGCGAAAUAUUUCGCUGGCUUUGAAAGGCCAGGAGGAGUGUGCUAUUUGCUACUCAAUCAUUGCGCAGGACAAGACGCUGCCUGAUAAGAAGUGCGGCACCUGUAAUCACGACUUCCACCGAGUCUGUCUGUACAAGUGGUUCCAAAACAGCGGGCGCAACACGUGCCCGCUCUGCCGGAACGCUAUCGACUAUCUCGGGUCGGAUACCAAGCGGCGGCGGCCGGAGCAUGAAUGAGGGAGCUAACACAAUGGGCAUGGGUUAUAUCAUACUAUAGACAGUCAGGGUAGGCUCCCAAAUAGAGAUGGAACAGUCACUUUCUCAGGCUUCGUCUGCUUACUAUGCCAAUUCUGAUC